ACCCGUCCCCGGCGCCCCGACCCGCGCUGGACCCGAGGCCGGACCGGCCGCUGCGCAGCCGACGCCAGCCCGGGGCGCCCGCCGCAGGCACCAUGGGCGCUGCCCACUCGGCGUCCGAGGAGGUGCGGGAGCUCGUGGGCAAGACCGGCUUCUCCUCAGACCAGAUCGAGCAGCUCCACCGGAGGUUUAAGCAGCUAAGUGGAGACCAGCCCACCAUUCGCAAGGAGAACUUCAACAACGUCCCUGACCUGGAGCUCAACCCAAUCCGAUCCAAAAUCAUCCGUGCCUUCUUCGACAACAGGAACCUGCGCAAGGGGUCCAGCGGCCUGGCUGACGAGAUCAACUUUGAGGAUUUCCUGACCAUCAUGUCCUACUUCCGGCCUAUCGACACCACCAUGGACGAGGAGCAGGUGCAGCUGUGCCGGAAAGAGAAGUUGAGAUUUCUGUUCCACAUGUAUGACUCGGACAGCGACGGUCGCAUCACCCUGGAAGAAUAUCGAAAUGUGGUGGAGGAGCUGCUCUCCGGAAACCCGCACAUCGAGAAGGAGUCGGCCCGCUCUAUCGCCGACGGGGCCAUGAUGGAGGCGGCCAGCGUGUGUGUGGGGCAGAUGGAGCCUGACCAGGUAUAUGAGGGGAUCACCUUCGACGACUUCCUGAAGAUCUGGCAGGGGAUAGACAUCGAGACCAAGAUGCACGUGCGCUUCCUUAACAUGGAAACCAUCGCCCUCUGCCACUGACCCGCCUGCCCCCCGAAGCCGUGCCCGCAGCCUCCCGCAGGGCCCGAGGCCGCAGGUGUCCUUCGGCCACCGCUCUUGUAAAUAGUCCCCAGUCCUCCGCUGUCUCGUUUUCCCGAAGGUGUGGUACGUGGAACUUCGCUGUUUUUAUCUCUAAUAAAAAAAGAAAAUGGUUGGUUUGUUAAAGAACGUGGCUCCUGUCUGUUCCCCACGGCCACUUGGUGGUCUGGCCACUUGGUGGCACGAGGCUGAAAAGGAGCAGGCAGCGGCUAGUUUCCAAAGGCUGGUUUGGCAGAGAGGAGGUUUUUUCCUGCUUUUUCUGGUUUAAUUUGGGUGAAGUGUUGGCUCUUUUCGCCACACGAGUGCUGGGCAGUCAGGUGAGGCAUGGCAGCUCCCCGCUCCAUGGUGGCCGGGAUGUGGGUGGCAGGGCUGCCGCGGUGUCGUGACCGAGUGUCUGGGCCGGAGGAGAGGGCGCGGGGGACCCGCGGUGACGUGCCUGAGGAGGCCUGGCUGCCGACGCCCUCCCGGGCCCAGCGUGGGGCAGUCCCCUGUGGUGGUGGCAGCAGGGGAGGUGACUGUCCCAGGUCAGUGGCUCCCAAAGCUCCAGAGUCCCCUUCUGAUUCAGGGGCGGGCUAUGCUGGGGGCAGGGAAGUGAAGGUUGUCCAUCCAGUUGGGGGCUGUGGCCGGUGGGUCAGCAGGGGCCGGCUUGGGCUCAGUGCUCAGAGUCGGCGCUCAGGGGGGCCGGCGUGGCUAUGGUCACUGUGGUCACUGUGGUCACUCGCUGCUGGUGGUGUUCCAGGCCUCCUCGCUCAGUUCCUUCCGUCCACACUCACCGGGAGGUUCCUUCCUAGCCUCCCGAGAAAGUUCUGGUAACUGACAACAGCUGUUACUGGUAUUCUGCAUUUCCAUGGCUUUGUUACUAGGUGUGCGUCGGGGUUCAGAACAUGGAGAGGUGCAGGAGGGCACCCCACGCGGCUUGAUCCUGGGCCCACCAGGCCCUGGCUUGCCCUUCCCGGAGGCACUCAGGUCAGCCCAUUUCUUCGACAUCUUUCCAGGGCCGUUCAUGCGGACACGACUGCAGUGCUGAGGAUUUAAGUGAGAAGCUGGAACCAGGCAGUGAGGCGGGGUGAAGGGGAGCGUGACCGUGUUUGGGGCGGAAGUCCCGAGGCUGGUGCACCUUGGUGGUGGGGGUUUGGCAAACGCUCAUUUAGGACCUUGGAGGUGAGAGCGGACCCUUGCUGGCGUCCUGUUGGUAGUCUGCGCGUAGCAGGACUGCCCCCCGGACCCCGGGGCCUGAGGGAUGCUGGCCUCCACUCCUCCAGGUCAGGACAGACGGCUGUCCGGCAGCGCGGCCCCGUCUGUGCGGAAGUAGAGAGCCGUCUGAAGUCUCUCCCAGAGCUCUGCUGCUUAGACUAGCACUUCUCGAGUGUUUUGCCAUUUCCAGAGCGGUAGGUGGGGGGCGAAGGCAGAGGCCUCGGCUUCCUCCCCUCCAGGUGCCCGCCAUCAGGUGGGCCGAGGAGUGGGACACGGGGCCCCUGCCUGCCCCGGCUGCUCGGGGAUCGUCCCGCUCACGCCAUCGGUUUCGCGGCUGCCAGUGGGAUGGCCUGGUGCGUGGAAUCCGGCGCUCUGUCAGCAGCCUCCCUGCUGGGGGAGCCCCCUGCAGCCUCGCGGAGGCGGCCUUCCCCGCCUUCCCCAGCCCCGGCACGCGGGACGGGGACCCCCUGUGCCUUUGAGCAGGACGGCUGGUGUGGCGUCCGUAGGCCUGGAUCUUCUGGGACUCUCCCAGUCGGCUUUGAUGUUGUGCUCCUCCACAAAGGCAGUUCGUUAGUGUAAAGUGUUUUGUAUAAAUAAUGAAUCUUCCAUCAGCCCCUGUGGCCUGAGUUUUAGUUUGGGAGACGUGGGCAUACGUGCGUCCC